GAGCAUUAAAUGAUCAUCAUUUCCAAAGCCAGAUAUUUUCCCUAUCCAUGGAAAACUAACAGCCCAAUGGAGAAAAACAACGCGCUUUCCAUUUGAAAACAACAAAAUCAAAAUCAUUCAUUUCACACAUUUCCAAUCUAGUCACGUCUCCAGAGAAACUAUGCAAGCCUGACAAUCAAGACGAUAAAAGAGGAACAUCGUUGUGACCCUUUGUAUCCCCCAAGCAAUGCCUACAAAGGUCGUUCUCAGUCGUAUCUUUCGCAAAGAAAGGCAUCAGACCCACCAAAUAAGUACUUUCUCCCAACUUUGAGCCUCCCUUUGCUAGAAUAUCUACUACUCCAUUUGCAUCUCUCUGAAUAUGGAAAAAAGUCACAUUUGAUAAAACCUGUUACUUUGUGUUUACCGUCAUAUAUAUAAGCCCCAAUAAGUGAACCAUCUUUGCCAUAGGCUUGCAUUUUCUUUAUCACAGAUAGAGCUUCUCCCUCGAUCAAUACCUCUUGAAAUCCUAGAUCUCUACCAAGAUUCACUGCCUGUAGUCAAGCAAUAGCCUCCGUAGCAAAAUUGGAAGGUACACAAGCAAUAGCCUCCAUAGCGUAAUUAGAAGGAACGCUUUCCUCUCCCAUCAAACGUUAUGCCAAAGUUAAGCUUAUGGAAAUGAAAUUCAGAAGGCCUCCAUCUCUCCCUACCCACUCGUUUUGCAGAUGGGCAAUCCUUGAAGAUAUGCUCCAGCAUUUCCCGUUCUCUUGCACAUUUCGGGUACAAGGUAGAGUUCCUCAAUCUUUUGUUAUGCAAAUUGUAAUAGUUAGGAAUGUAAUUUUUAAAAUUUUUCCAAGCUGUAAUUUUGGUUUUCUCUGGUAAAUUUAUCUGCCAGAGUUUUUUGUAAAAAGCUUUGUAAUGUCUAUCCCCUGUAGCCUCCCUAUUACCAUGCAUUAAAAUUUUGUAACCAAUUUUGACUAUAAACACACCCGAUGGCUCCUCGCCCCACACCAUCAUAUCUUUCCACGAAUGAUCAGUAAGGGGAAUGUAGUGCACUUUCUCUGCAAUGUCCUCAUCUAAGUACAGUGAAACCCUAGAACCCAUGCGUCAUCACAAAUUCUAAUGCCUUCCUCAAAGCCCACACAUCAACUCACACCCGAUUUCAACAAACCCCUUGCCGCACAGAUACUUUUCCAAGUAUGUGAAGGGUAAGGACCUAAAUUUGCACUCAUAAAAUCAUAAUUUGGAUAGUAUUUUCUUUCUAGCAAUCACGCUAGAAGUGAAUUAGGGUAUUUUAACAAACACCGCCCUUCUAACACCCUGGAUUCUGGGGUUAAAAGUUUUUAGGGUUUGUAUCUAGGGUCUAUGCGUAGCUUGACCAAUUAUGUGUUUCUGCAUCUUAGUGACAGAAUGAGCCUACUGGUCUAGUGGUUGGUUUUGUGUUAGUUUAGCCUAGGGUCCCGGGUUCGAGUCCUCAGGUGUAACAGCCCAAAUUUGGGGCUAGUCAGAAUAGUGGUUUCGGGACCACAAAUUCGACAAGAAAAAAAUUUAUUUUCAAUAUAUUUUUGUGGUCUACGAUUUCAAAAAAUGAUUUCGUGAAAAUUUCGUUCGAAAAUUUUGACAUUUGGGCACUAAAUUUUGUCAAAAGGACUAUAUUAUAAAAAGUAAAAAAUUUUAGUUCUAUAUGUUAGAGGUGUCUAAUUGUUAUGAAAUUUUAAAUUGGAGGUCUUUAUAUGGUAAUUAGACCAUUGGUUAAGUUGGUGGAGAAAAAUGGGUGUGGUUGGCCAUGUUUCCAAAAAAAUUUCAUUAAGGGCAUUUUGGUCAUUUAAUUAUUAAAAUGAAUUAAAAACAAAAUUAAAAGUCAAUUUUUGUCCAUUUUCAACCCCUAGGCCGAAAAUUGCAUGGAGAAACCAUGGCUAGGGUUUUUCAAGCUUCCAAGCUCGAUUGUACAUUUUCAAAUUUUGAUGCUAGACUCAGUACGCCGAAGGUCUCAGAGUUAUGCAUUUUAAAUAAUUUGUCUAAGUACUAUUUUGAAAACUGUGGUGACAAGCGAGAUCGCGAGGAUCAAUCCGGUAAGACUCUCAAAAAGUCGUUUACUUCAUUGAGACGUGUGCCUAUUCAAGAGUCUGAAGUCAAUGCGAUUUGGCCAACUUCAGGUAGUGAGAACCUAGACCUUGGUACUGAGGCAUUGACUCGGAUAGUAAGAGAAGUGCUAGAGGAAGUGCUCAAGGCUAGGUUAGAUAGACAUAGAGAGUUAGUGAAAAAUAAGUGUGUAGAUUGUGAGAAGAAGAGAGAUCGCAGUCCUUGGAGGUUGGAGCCUCAGUCUGUGAAGCAUGAGAGAACACAUUUGAGUGGCAAUAAAGGUAUUGUGAAGGGCACUGGUAGUGGUGCGAACGCUCCGUUUGGUGAGCACUGUAAGAAGCGUCAUUCAGGUAAUUAUUGGAAAAGGGUGGGAGCGUAUUUUUUAUGCGAGUCCAGAGAACAUUGGAUUCGGAGUGUCUUCGACGACAUUAAGACAAGUAUAGGUUUAGGUUAUUUUGUCAUUGUGUGUUGUUGCUGCGAAUGAUUCGUUCCACUGUUCGUUGGAUAACGUUUGUGUGUGUAUGAUGAACAAAUAUGUAACUGUUUCA